AUGUUAAUAUUAGAGAACAUCUCAGGAACAUUGAAAAAAUUAUUAGAUAAGUUUCAAGCACCAAUUCGUUAUGCGUUUGCUUAUGGAAGUGGAAUUUUCCCACAAAAAGGAUAUGAUCCAAAAUCUAAAAAAAUGAUUGAUUUUAUUUUUGGUGUUCGUUAUCCACAACAUUGGCAUUCUUUAAAUUUGAUGCAACAUAGAGAUCAUUAUUCAUUCAUGGGAUCUUUAGGUAGUGGGGCAAUAUCAACAUUACAAGAAAAUUUUGGGCCAGGAGUUUAUUUUAAUCCAUAUGUGAAUGUGGAUGGUAUGUUAAUUAAAUAUGGGGUUGUAUCAAUUGAUAAAUUAUGUAAAGAUUUAUUGGACUGGGAAACAUUAUAUUUAGCAGGAAGGAUGCAUAAACCAAUUAAAAUACUGAGGGAUGAUGCUAGGGUGCAUUUAGCUCAACAAGUAAAUUUAAUAUCUGCAUUACGUACAGCAUUGCUGCUUUUACCAAAGGAUUUUACAGAGGAACAACUUUAUUUGACAAUAGCUUCAUUAUCAUAUAAAGGUGAUUUUCGUCGAUAUUUUGGAGAAAACCCCAACAAAUUAAAAAAUAUUGUUUUAAACCAAAUGCAUGAUUUUAAUUUAUUAUAUAGUGGACUGAUUAAUGGGCUUCCUAAUGUUGAAUUUAUUACUGAUGGAAAACUUCAGCAAGACGAUAGUCCAAAAGCACAAAUUCAAUUAAUAAAGAAACUACCAAGGCUACUAAGCCACAAAAUACAAGAAGAACAUCGAAUGGUUCUAGCAAAACAUGGUCAACAAUGGCCAUCAGAUAUUAAUGAUGUUUAUAAAAGUAUUAUAAACUCUGGAAAUUAUGGAGAAUAUAUUGAAACAAGUUUAAAAGAAAUAGUUUUUAGAUCUGCAAUCACACAGAGUCUUAAAGGAAUAUUAACAGCAGGUCUUAAGAAAAGUGUUAAAUAUUCUUUGAAUAAGAUUGAAAAAUGGAUUAAAAGAUCAAAAUAA